UGUAACAUGCCAGUUUGAAGUGUUAUGAAAGCACCAAGGACCAGUACAGCAGACUGGUUUGUGUCUGUCUCUGAGGUGACAUGAUUAUAUGACAUUAAUCCUAUGAAUUAUUACUCUGAGAUGAGAUUCACACCGCGCUUCUUCAGUAUUUAACGUUACGUUAUGUGGAGUUCCUGAGCUGCUGACAGGCUGCAUUUCAAUGGGACCCUGCUGAGCGAUUCUCAUCUGUACUAAGUUGAUUUCUGAAGGACCAUCAUGCAGUUGGAAGCUCAGCUGCGUUUCUGUCAGAAUUGUCUGUGGUUCUGUAAAGGUUCCCAGCGGCUGAUCUCACUGUCUGCUGUCCACAGGUCAUCAGCGAAUUACUAUGACCUUCUUGGAGUGAAACCGGACGCCUCGCUGGAUCAAAUUAAGAACGCCUUUUUCGACAAGUCCAAAAAGAUGCAUCCAGACAGUGACCUAUCUAAUGCUGGUCUUCACAGUCAGUUUGUUCAGCUGAAUGAGGCCUACAGGGUUCUGAGCAGAGAAGGUUCCAGACGGCAAUAUGACCUCAGGCUGAGGAACCCGUACGUCGGAGGGCAAGCCUUCAGAACCUCAACGUAUAGCUCCAGUGCCGAGCCAUCAGAGAACAUACGAUAUUGGGAGCAGUUCAGACAGGCCCAGCCUCAGGAGAACACGGCUGAGGAUUAUGAAAAGAAAAAGAAACGGAACAUGCGAUUGGUGGGCUACUGCCUGCUCACCAUGUUGCUCAGUCUCUCUGCCCAUUACUUUGGGUUCAGGAAACUGGAAGAGUUCCAUAAUAACUUCAUGGAUGAGAAAGACAGAGUCAUCACUGAGAUCUACAACGAAUCCAAAGAGAGAGCCAGAGUGAACGGCUUAAAAAAACAGCAGGAGAUCUUAAGACAGAAACACGCAGAGUUCCUGGAGAAGUUCAAGAUCCCCAGCAGCAACGGAGAGGAGAAGUAAAAUGAGGAAAGCCAACCAGAUCCAAAUGCGACCCAUCGCAUGGAUGAACAUUAAAUAUUUUGAAUUUAUAGGUUUUAACAAAUUCUCAAAAAUGAAGCUGGAACCAUUCAUGCUUUCUCUUGCAAUGCGGUAACAUUUGGGAUCUUACUUUUAGUCACCGUAUAGUCUGCACCGUGACAGCGAAACAAACCUGGCUGAUUAUAGGUUUGUGUGGCUCUUCAUCGGGUGUUAAAAACAUGUACAUCUACUGUAUUGCCUGCAUUUACAGGCGACGUUGUACCUGCACCUGGAAGGUGUGUUAUGGAAACAUUGCAUUCCUGAUAAAGUCGUUCAUGAAAACACUGUACAUCGUGCACUCGGUUAAGCUCAGUGUGCGUGUUUGUGUGUGGGGGGGUUCUCAUGCAAGUAUACCUAACACAUCAACACUAUAGGGAAUCAUUUUUCGGGUGCUGGUUAUUUUCGAACUAUUAAUCUUAUUUCGGCCCGAAAGUUCAUGGUACUUUGUGAAUUAAUGUGUUUUGGUUAAAUAGAUCACGUGCAUCUGUGUGGUACUCGAGGAGUGUGCUAAACAAAACGAUUUUAAUAAAUUAUGAUCCUGGAUUAAGACUCGAAAUGGAUUGUUAGAAUUUAUUCAAGCGGUUGCCUUAUUUAAACAAUUCAGUAUUUUAGAGUUUGAUGUUAAACGGAUAUCUUGCAAUAAACAGACUUUUUUUAAUUGUAAGGGAUCGUGUGUGAGAGCCUUAAUAUCUCUUUCGUCAUUGUUUCUUUCAGUAAAAAGUAAUAAAAUGACCUCUGGAUCAUA